AUGGCUGCAGGCAAGUCGGCCGUGAAAGAGGCGCAAACGCUAGCCAACACCGAUCCCCGAAAAGCCGAAGCCAUCUACAAGGACAUUGUCACGAAGCCCCCGUCAAUCAACUCAGAUGCCGCCAUAAAGGAGUACGAGACGGCCUUGAUCAGCUUAGGCGAGCUAUACCGGGACGAGAAGAAGCCACAGGAGUUGGUAGAUCUCAUCAUAACCAGCAGAACGGUUCUCUCCUCCUUUGCGAAGGCCAAGACGGCCAAGUUGGUCCGCUCGCUACUUGACCUGUUCGAGGCCAUCCCCAACACGAACGACAUCCAGAUCGCCAUCACCAAGUCAUGUAUAGAAUGGGCGACAUCGGAGCGCCGAACCUUCCUACGCCAAAACCUCGAGACCCGGCUUGUGACGCUCUACAUGGCCAAGCAGUCGUACUACGAGGCCCUGACGCUCAUCAACGGCUUGCUGCGCGAGCUCAAGCGACUGGACGACAAGCUAGUCCUGGUCGAGGUGCAGCUUCUUGAGUCUAGGGUGUACCACGCGUUGGGCAACAUCUCGAAAGCACGGGCGGCGCUCACGUCGGCUCGCACGAGCGCCGCCUCCGUCUACACGCCGCCGCUGCUGCAGGCCAACCUGGACAUGCAAUCGGGGAUGCUCCACACGAUGGAUCAGGACUUCAACACGGCAUACUCGUACUUCAUCGAGGCGCUGGACGGGUAUCAUACGCAGGAAGAGACGGUCAAGGCGACGGCCGCGCUGCAGUACAUGCUGUUGUGCAAGAUCAUGCUCAACCUCGUCGACGACGUCAACAACCUCAUGGCGUCCAAGCAGGCCCAAAAGUACGCGGGCCAGAACCUCGAGGCCAUGAAGGCCAUUGCGCGCGCCCACUCGAACCGGUCCCUCGAGGAGUACGAGCGGGCCCUCGCCGCCUACAAGUACGAGCUCGGCAGUGAUGCCUUCAUCCGCAACCACCUGCGCCGCCUCUACGAUGCCAUGCUCGAGCAGAACCUCAUCAAAGUCAUUGAGCCCUUCAGCCGCGUCGAGAUCGACCACAUUGCCAAAAUGGUCGGUCUCGACACCCAGCAGAUCGAGCGUAAGCUUAGCCAGAUGAUCCUUGACAAGGUCAUCAUUGGUGUUUUGGACCAGGGUGCUGGCUGCCUGAUCAUCUUCGACGAGACGCACCGCGACCAGAGCUACGAUGCUGCGUUGACGACGAUUGAGAAGUUGGGGAACGUGGUUGAUGUGCUCUAUAGCAACCAGGCUUCCAUGCUUGAGUAA